ACACGCGCGCUCUUUCUCACACAUACACGAACCCCUCGACGAGACUCUCACACACCAGAACGACACAGAUGCUCUCUAGCGCCCCCUGUGUGUGUGUCAGAUCAUGACAAGAAGCCCGUCACUGCUGCUGAUGCUCAUUCUGCUGCUGGACACAGAGGUGUGUCAGUGUGAGGAUGUGCUCGUAGCGGCGAGGAUGUCAGCAGACGAGGGGAGCGAUAUCCCAGAAUCCCCUGCGGAUCUGAGCGUGACCCGUGAGCAGAUCCUCUCCGCCCAGUUUGAGUGUUACCUCAAAAUAAUGUACGAGCCUCCGCGCAGAGAUCCAGGCCCGUACUGUAACCGCACAUGGGACGGGUGGCUCUGCUGGGGAGACUCCGCCCCCGGCACCGCCUUCCAGCACUGCCCCUCCUACUUCCAGGAUUUUGAUCCAUCUGAAAAAGUGACCAAAGUGUGUGACUCAGACGGCCAUUGGUUUCGUCACCCAGAAAGCAACCGACUCUGGUCCAAUUACACUCAGUGCUCCGCUUACACUAAGCAGAAACUCAAGCUCACGCUUGUGGCUUACUAUCUGGCUAUUGUGGGAAACGUCCUCUCCAUCAUAUCGCUCAUCAUUUCCAUAUGCAUCUUCUCCUACUUCAAGUGUUUGAGCUGUCAGCGGAUCACUCUUCAUAAAAACAUGUUCACAUCCUUCAUCCUGAACUCCUUCGCCACCAUCGGCUGGUUCUACUUUGUCAUCGGCGGCCAUCAGAGCAGAACAGACUCUUUUCAGAUAGGCUGUAAGAUCCUGGCGAGUGUCAUUCACUACACCUCAUGCUCCAAUUUCUUCUGGAUGUUGUGUGAGGGCAUCUACCUGCACACGCUCAUCAUCGUGGCCGUGUUUGUGGGCGAGCAGCAGCUGGGCUGGUACUACGUCCUCGGCUGGGGUUUCCCAGUGAUCCCUGCUGUCAUGUACGCGGUGGCACGUCUGCUCUUCCUCGAUGACAGGUGUUGGGUCAUAAACACAAACCUGCUGUACAUCACACACGGCCCGAUAUACGUCGCUCUGCUGGUGAACCUGUUCUUCCUGCUCAACAUCGUGCGGGUGUUGAUCACCAAACUGAGGGUCACACACCAGACGGAGAGCAGUGUGUACAUGAAAGCGGUGCGCGGCACCAUCAUACUGGUUCCGCUACUGGGAGCCCAGUUCAUACUGGUGCCCAUGCAGCCGAGCGGACGCCUCUCUCUGGCCAUCUACGACCUCUUCAUGAACAUCUUCGUGCAUUUCCAGGGUUUCCUGGUGGCCGUGAUCUUCUGCUUCUGUAACGGAGAGGUGCAGUCGGCUCUCCGGCGUAAGUUCGCUCAGUAUCGCUGUCAGUGGAGGCGAAGGCGUUUGGUGACCACAGAUUCUCACUGUAACUAUCACACCAACUCCUCCAUCACCGAGACCAGCCGGGUCACCAUCAGCCUCGAGCACGGCUCGUCCAACACACACACACUCAACGGCCAGAGCAACGGCAAACCCUGGCCAAACCCCGAGCCCGCGGUCAGCGGAGAAGUGCUCCAGUCCACUGAGAUAUGAGCUUCAUCGGAAGAGAUCCUGUUCAGACUCCCUGAAACCAAACACACACAACACAAGUCAUGAGAACUUUAUUUCUCAACGUUUUCACAAUGUUUUUUCUUUGUUAUGCGAACGUUACCAUCAUCCUUCCCUCGGGUCAUUUUGACCCGACACUUAUUUUUUUUAAAUUGAGUGUUCAUCAGAGGGGUCCGAGACCCUAGGACUUUUGUCGCACUUGAACCACGAUUCGAGUUUUUGUGGUUGAAAUUUUAAAAAGUAACAAAUCCUUCC